AUGGCUUUGUCCUCUGUCCUCCUCACAUGUGCCCUGUUCCUUGGAGCCACAGCACUUCCUACUAGCUCUGGCAUGCAAAAUAUUAAAAAUGUUGUGGUUCUUGUUCAAGAGAAUCGUUCAUUCGAUACCCUAGCUGGCGGGUUUACCUAUAACUCAGCUAUAGAUGGCCUUGUCAACCACGCCUAUUGCAACCCAGCUAAUGUAUCACUGGCACACUCAGAGAAUAUCUGCGCUGCUGGGAUUGCUCAGAAUGUCGCCUCUGAUGAUCCUGACCACACAAUCACCGGCGGGAAUAUGCAGGUCUUUGGUACUUACCAUCCUUCUACAAAUGUCAAAUCGUCCAUGAAUGGGUUUGUCACCGAGCAGAGCUAUAUGUAUAGCCUUCAACAAAACAUGAUGGAGGCAGCUGAAGUCAUCAACUAUUACCAGCCAGAUUUGGUUCCGGUCACAGAAGCUAUGGCAGAGAACUUUGUUCUUUUUGAUCGGUGGUUUGCCGCCAUCCCAGGCCCGACAAACCCCAACCGAGCCUACUUGACUUCUGGAACUGUUCAUGGCCAUGGAUCUAACGAUAAUGCAUACAACACCUCGAUGCUGCCCCAGAAAUCUAUCUUUGAGCAGCUAACAGAGCACAACAUCACCUGGAUAAAUUAUCAAAACACCACAAAUGGAGGAUCGUUAGACUUCCUUCCCGAUGCAUUAUUCUACCAAUGGACUGCCAAGUCAGGAAUGGGAAACACGAAUGUUCUCCCCAUUGACCGAUUCUACGAAGAUGCCAAAAAUGGCAAGCUCCCCCAAUUCACAUGGAUUAAUCCUGAAUGCUGCUCUUACACAUCUAUGCAUCCAAAGUCCCCAAUCAAUAUGGGCGAGAACUUCAUGAAGAGCGUCUAUGAUGCAGUUCGUGGGUCCCCACAAUGGAAAGACACUCUGUUCAUCGUCACCUGGGAUGAGCAUGGUGGAUUUGCUGAUCAUGUUGCUCCUCCCACGGGCGUUCCAGCUGGUGAUAAUAUCCCAUAUACAGAGCAGGCUCCAGAUGGUAAGAACUACACUUUCCAUUUCGAUCGCUUGGGUAUCCGGGUUCCUGCUAUGCUGAUUUCACCUUGGGUGGAGAAAGGCGUGGUCCAGAAUAAGCCCAGCGCUGGGGGUGGCGACUUUACUCAUACUUCGAUCCUGAAGUUUGUUUCUGAGCUGUGGGAUUUGCCAGUUCUGACUCCACGGGUUGCAUGGUCACCCUCCUUUGGUAAUUUGAUCACUAAUAAGUUCCGAAAGGAUGCUCCGGAGACUAUGCCAAAUGCUGCAGGGUAUUAA